AUAUCACCCACUCACAACCGCACACAUACCCUUACACACUCAGAGAGAGGAGGGGAGAGACUUUGAGCGUGUGUGUGUGAGAGAGAGAGAAAACAGAAGGGAGGGUGGUACUGUAGCUCUGUCAGACGGAUAGUGUGAGGCAGUGCAUCCUUCUGGAUAUCAAACACAAACCUUUAGGACAUUUAGAGCAGAGCGACGCAGGAAUCACGGACGUUUGCUUGCUUUAUUCGGGGAAACGGGGGGUUCGCCUCUUGGCAGUCAGCAGUGGAGAUGCUCCUGUAAUUGGAUUCAGCUGGAAAGGCUUCAAACCACAAGGAGAUCUGCUGAAGUGUCAGCAGCUCGGUAACGCAGGCUGAGAGCAUAGUGAAAUCUCAUCAUUCUCUUCAUUCGGCAAUCCUUCCUCUUUCAACCCGUCAGCAGAAGAGUUUCUGUUGAACACACAGAUCCUGGCAAUGGGCGAUAAAGGCACAAGGGUGUUCAAGAAAGCAAGUCCGAACGGAAAGUUAACUGUGUAUCUUGGUAAGAGAGAUUUUGUUGACCAUGUGGACCUUGUAGAGCCAGUUGAUGGUGUGGUUUUAAUUGAUCCAGAGUACUUAAAGGAGAGGAAAGUUUUUGUGACACUGACGUGUGCCUUUCGCUAUGGACGCGAGGACUUGGAUGUUCUUGGCUUGACGUUUCGCAAGGACCUCUUUGUGGCCAACAUUCAGGCGUUUCCUCCCAAGCCGGAGGAGAAAAAGAGCUUGACGCGGCUUCAAGAGCGACUGAUCAAAAAACUCGGCGAGCAUGCCUACCCUUUCACCUUUGAGAUUCCCCCAAACUUACCCUGUUCUGUCACAUUACAACCAGGACCAGAAGAUACAGGCAAGGCCUGCGGGGUCGACUUUGAAGUCAAAGCUUUCUGUGCAGAAAAUGUUGAAGAAAAAAUUCACAAAAGGAAUUCAGUGCGUCUUGUCAUCAGAAAAGUGCAGUAUGCUCCAGAGAAGCCGGGCCCACAGCCGAUGGCUGAGACCACGAAACAGUUUCUCAUGUCAGACAAACCUUUACACAUGGAAGCCUCCCUUGACAAAGAGAUAUACUAUCAUGGUGAACCAAUCAGUGUCAACGUCCAUGUCACAAACAACACAAACAAGACUGUAAAAAAGAUCAAGAUUUCAGUGCGUCAGUAUGCAGAUAUUUGUCUCUUCAACACUGCCCAGUACAAGUGCCCAGUAGCGACAGAAGAAUCUGAUGAUAUCGUGGCUCCCAGCGCUACAUUUUGUAAAGUAUACACUCUCACCCCAUUCCUCGCCAACAACCGAGAGAAACGAGGCCUGGCUCUGGAUGGCAAACUCAAACAUGAAGACACAAACUUAGCCUCGAGUACACUGUUAAGAGAAGGAGCCAAUAAGGAAAUGCUGGGAAUAAUUGUGUCCUACAAAGUUAAAGUGAAGCUGGUGGUGUCUCGUGGAGGGCUGCUGGGAGAUUUUGCCUCAAGUGACGUUUCCGUGGAACUGCCCUUUACAUUAAUGCAUCCCAAACCUUUGGAGGAAUCGCUCUACAGAGAUGCCCCAGAAAACGAUGCCCCUAUUGACACAAACCUCAUUGAAUUUGACACAAAUGAUGACGACAUCAUCUUCGAGGACUUCGCUCGGCAACGGCUGAUCGGGGCAAAGGACGACAAAGACGAAGACGAGGAGGGCGUGGAUUCGCCAAAGCUGAAUGACAGAUAGACCCGUUGAGGGUUUUCCUGGUGUCAUGAUGUUCGAGAGACCCUUUCAAAAUAGCCUGGGUUAAAGUGGGACACCCUUUAACACGCUCACAGUGGUGCCGUUGUUGUGUACUUGUUCACAUUCGUCUCUUCCAUCCAGCGAGGGUGUAAAAUAAAACUUGUGUGUAGAGAAACGUGACCGUCAAAGCGAUUAGAAGGUGAGGUUUUAGUUGACAGGCCCGCCGCUGAGUGCCUCCGAUACUCGCGGGUCUUCUGGGUAGAGGCAACGGCAUUUCAUCAA